AUGGCCAAAAUUAUAGUCAUUUAUAUGUACGCAUUUCGACGAAGUUCAUAUUCAGAAUCAUCGAGGAGUCGUAGAUCUGGUGAUCUACAUAUGAGUACCAUGCAUUUUUAUACGGUUGUUUUUUUCCUCUGUACAUUUCUCCUCUGUGUUAAUUGCAAUGGUUGGUGGAUGUGGGGCAAAAAAGGAUCCAGCAGCGCAUGUCCCAGAAGAGAGGGAGCCCAUCCGUAUUAUUUUGGUAAUACCAACCUUGAUUGCCUCCUUAUGCUCCUAUUAAGUCAAAGAGGCAAGCGCAGUGCGCCUUGGAGAGGACGUUGGGACCUUACACAUCGUUUCAUUUAUUACAGAGGAAAAUAUUUUGAAUUUUUUGAUGAUUCCUCUGUAAGAAUUGGUUAUAACCGAGUUGGUGGACAGCGAUGUAGAGGUGGUAUCGAAGGUUCCCCCGCUGGCUACACCGAACUCAGUUUGGAAUGUAUCGAACGCUGUACCAAUCGAUACAGAGCUAGGUUCGGAAACUACCACCUCCUUGAAAACAACUGUAACAGCUUCGUGAACCGACUCUCUGACGUACUCUGUAGAAGAGGUACACAGUGUCCCUCGUGGUGUGGCUGAUUUCAACCCUUAAAGAUUCAAUGGAUAGAUAUGAUAAAUUGACUGGCUGAAUGUAACAAUUCACACAAAAAUUUUCUAAAUUUCUCACACAUAGAUAAACUGUUCUGUAUAUAUA